GCAUUUUAGGUCUUCCACGGCCAUGACAUCUUCGGCGUUACGGUAUUAGGUAUUUUUAGGCUGCUGUUUCCGUCGCAGUUGUCGCAAGGCAGGUCCCGAAUCACUGCUUCACCACUCCAAACUCAUCUCAGCGAGGCGCUAAAAUAUCGAAUUCGAGCAUUCCAUUGCGAACUCCAGUCUCUCCGCCCUUCACCCGACAACCCGUUGACCCCUUAACCUCCCCGCGUACCCGUUUACCGCUAACCUCGCCGCGAUGGACGCGACGGAGGACGAGAUUGCGCGCAUGCAAGAGGAGCGGCGCGCGAAGGAGGCGGAGCUGGCGGCGCUGGCAUCGGUGAGCUUCGACAAGGACCUGUACGGCGGGGGCGACAAGGACCGCUUCGAGGGCUACGAGAUGUCCAUCCCGGUCAUGGAGGACGAGGACGAGCAGGACGCCACGGAGCGCGAGGUCGCCAGGAAGCUGGCUUCAUACACGGCGCCCAAGGAGCUCUUGCACGAGCUGCCCAGGGGCGAGGCGGAGGAAGAGGCGGCGGGGUUCAAGAAGCCGUCGCGCAUCAUCGACAGGGAGGACGAUUACCGCCGGCGCCGGCUCAACCGGAUCAUAUCGCCGGACCGACACGAUGCCUUUGCUAUGGGCGACGCCACGCCCGAUGCGGCAGUGCGCACGUACGCGGACGUGAUAAAGGAGGAGGCGCUGAAGCGCGAGAAGGAGGAGACGCUACGGCAGAUCGCCAAGAAGAAGGCGGAGGAGGCCGAGAGGCAGGCGGCAGAGCUCUCAUCCGCGCCCACCAAGGCGCAGGGCGUGCCUGCUGCCACUGCUGCUGCUCCCCCUGCUGCUGCUGCAGUGGCAGCUGCUGCGCCUGCCGGUGGCAAGAGGAGGAAUCGGUGGGAUGUUGCAGGAGGGGGAGGGGCCGGUGCUGUUGAGGCGGAGGCCAAGAAGGCCAAGGCGGCGGAUUGGGAUGCUCCUGAUGCCACUCCUGGUGCUGCCAGUCGCUGGGACGCCCCUACUCCCGGUCGUGGCAGUGCAGUUGACGCCACCCCCACGCCCGGCCCCCGCCGCAACCGCUGGGACGAAACCCCCUCACACGGGGGAGUCCUGCCGGACGAUGCCACCCCAUCCGCGCUUCCGGGUGGCGGCGACGCCACCCCGGGUCUGGGUGGCGGAGCCACGCCAGCCGGCAUGACUUGGGACGCCACGCCAAAGCUGUCUGCCGGCGCCACUCCCACCCCGAAAAAAACGCGGUCCAGAUGGGACGAAACACCGGCCGGGGGAGGUGUUACGCCGGCGGGGGCAGGGGGAGGUGCCACCCCGUCUGCUGCUGUGGGCAUGACGCCCUCUGGGAUGACCCCAGGGGGGGUGACACCUGGGGGCGCCACACCUGGGGGGUUUGGAGUGACACCAGUAGGAGCAAUGGACAUGGCUACUCCAACCCCAGGGCAGAUUGCACUAAGGGGCCCGCUCACCCCGGAGCAAUUCACCAUGCUGCGGUGGGAGCGGGAGAUAGAGGAGCGGAACAAGCCGCUGUCGGACGAGGAGCUGGACGCCAUGUUCCCCCUGGACGGCUACAAGGUGCUCGAACCCCCUGCAGCAUACGUCCCCAUCCGCACCCCCGCUAGGAAGCUCCUGGCGACGCCCACCCCUAUGGGGGGCGCCGGAGGGGGUGCGACGCCACUGUAUGCUAUCCCAGAGGAGGAUCGGCAGCAGCUGUUCGACGUGGGCAAGGAGGUGCCAGGGCUGCCGAACCUGAAGCCCGAGGACUACCAGUACUUCGGCGCGCUGCUGAACGAGGAGGAGGAGGAGAAGAUGAGCGCGCAGGAGAAGACCGAGCGCAAGAUCAUGAAGCUGCUGCUCAAGGUGAAGAAUGGCACGCCCCCCAGCGCAAGACGGCCCUGCGGCAGCUGACGGACAAGGCGAGGGAGUUUGGCGCGUCGGCUCUUUUCAACCAGAUCCUGCCGCUGCUCAUGUCGCCCACGCUGGAGGACCAGGAGCGCCACCUGCUCGUCAAGGUGAUCGACCGCAUCCUGUACAAGCUGGACGAGCUGGUGCGCCCCUUCGUGCACAAGAUCCUGGUGGUCAUCGAGCCGCUGCUCAUUGACGAGGACUACUACGCCAGGGUGGAGGGCCGAGAGAUCAUCUCCAACCUCAGCAAGGCAGCAGGACUGGCGACAAUGAUUGCGGCCAUGCGGCCUGACAUUGACAACGUGGACGAGUACGUGCGCAACACCACGGCGCGCGCCUUCUCCGUGGUGGCGUCGGCGCUGGGCAUCCCGGCGCUGCUGCCGUUCCUGCGCGCCGUGUGCGCCAGCAAGAAGUCGUGGCAGGCCAGGCACACGGGCAUCAAGAUCGUGCAGCAGAUCGCCAUCCUCAUGGGGUGCGCCGUGCUGCCGCACCUGCGGUCGCUGGUGGACAUCAUUGAGCACGGGCUGGGGGAUGACAAUCAGAAGGUGCGCACCAUCACGGCUCUUUCCCUCGCAGCGCUGGCGGAGGCGUCAGCGCCGUACGGCAUCGAGAGCUUUGACUCCGUGCUCAAGCCGCUGUGGAAGGGCAUCCGAGCGCACCGCGGGAAGGUUCUGGCAGCAUUUCUUAAAGCCAUUGGGUUCAUCAUUCCGCUGAUGGACGCCAUGUAUGCGAGCUACUACACACGCGAGGUGAUGGUGGUGCUGAUCCGCGAGUUCCAGUCGCCCGACGAGGAGAUGAAGAAGAUCGUGCUCAAGGUGGUCAAGCAGUGCGUGGCCACGGACGGCGUGGAGCCGGACUACAUCCGCGCCGAGAUCCUUCCCGAGUACUUCAAGCACUUCUGGGUGCGCCGCAUGGCGCUCGACCGCCGCAACUACAAGCAGCUUGUGGAGACCACGGUGGAGAUUGCGAAUAAGGCGGGAGUGAGCGACAUCAUCGGGCGCGUGGUGGAGGACCUGAAGGACGAGAGCGAGCCGUACCGCCGCAUGGUCAUGGAGACCGUCGAGAAGGUGCUCACCAACCUGGGCGCCGCGGACAUCGACUCGCGGCUGGAGGAGCUGCUCAUUGACGGCAUCCUCUACGCCUUCCAGGAGCAGACCAGUGAUGAUGCCAACGUCAUGCUCAAUGGUUUCGGCACUGUUGUCAAUGCCCUCGGGCAGAGAGUUCGGCCCUACCUUCCCCAGAUCUGUGGGACGGUGAAGUGGCGGCUGAACAACAAGAGCGCCAAGGUGCGGCAGCAGGCGGCGGACCUGAUAGCGCGCAUCGCUGUGGUCAUGAAGGCGUGCGGCGAGGAGCAGCUCAUGGGGCACCUGGGCGUCGUGCUCUACGAGUACCUGGGAGAAGAGUACCCCGAGGUGCUGGGGUCCAUCCUGGGGGCGCUGAAGGCCAUAGUGAACGUGAUUGGCAUGACCAAGAUGACGCCCCCCAUCAAGGACCUGCUGCCGCGCCUCACGCCCAUCCUCAAGAACAGGCACGAGAAGGUGCAGGAGAACUGCAUCGACCUGGUGGGGCGCAUUGCGGACAGAGGCGCGGAGUUUGUGCCGGCGAGGGAGUGGAUGCGCAUCUGCUUCGAGCUGCUCGACAUGCUCAAGGCGCACAAGAAGGGAAUCAGGCGAGCGACAGUGAACACGUUCGGGUACAUUGCCAAGGCCAUCGGCCCGCAGGACGUGCUGGCAACGCUGCUGAACAACCUCAAGGUGCAGGAGCGGCAGAACCGCGUAUGCACCACCGUCGCCAUCGCCAUCGUGGCCGAGACGUGCUCGCCCUUCACCGUGCUGCCAGCCCUCAUGAACGAGUACCGUGUGCCGGAGCUGAACGUGCAGAACGGAGUGCUCAAGUCGCUGUCGUUCCUGUUUGAGUACAUCGGGGAGAUGGGCCGCGACUACAUCUACGCCGUCACUCCGCUGCUGGAGGACGCGCUCAUGGAUCGAGACCUCGUGCACAGACAGACGGCAGCGUCGGCGGUGAUGCACAUGACGCUGGGAGUGGCAGGGCUGGGAUGCGAGGACGCGCUGAUUCACCUGCUCAAUCUGGUGUGGCCCAACAUCUUUGAGACGUCGCCGCACCUGAUUCAAGCAGUCAUGGGGACCAUAGAUGGCAUGAGAGUGGCUCUUGGCCCCGCACUCGUGCUCGGAUAUGUGCUGCAGGGUUUGUACCAUCCGGCCCGGAAGGUGCGAGAGGUGUAUUGGCGCAUCUACAACAACCUGUACAUUGGGGCUCAAGAUGCUCUGGUUGCAGCAUACCCACGCCUGCCCGAUGAGCCCAAUAACACCUAUGCUCGGGCAGAGCUGGACAUGUUCAUUUGAGGCCUAAACGAAACACACGUGCGGCUGGUUGGUAUGUUAGGACCAUGUGCUUUUAAAGAACCACACGCCUCAUGCUCGUCAUGUGUCUUGAUGCUAGCUGCAGCUAUGCACUAAUGCUAAACUGCUGUACGUUCCUGAAAUUGUCACUGAUCUUAUCCUCAAAAUGAGCCCUUAGGGACAUGGUAGCAUAUGCAAGGUACCUAUUGUUCAAGUGAA